ACUCAGUCGACUCGUUAUAAAUGGCUCAGCACGCUACAGAUAAGCUCCUGGAGCUAAAACAAAAAGUUGGCAGUUGUAUCGACGAAGCCAAAGACAGGCUUCAUCGUCUUAGUAAAGACAUAUGGAGUUGCCCAGAACUCGCAUAUGAAGAAAGAAAGUCCCACGACAGGUUAGUUACAUUUUUCUCAGAGGAGAAGGGGUGGACUGUGGACAGUCAUUUUAAACUCGAGACAGCAUUCCGUGCCAUAUGGGGACCUGUCGGUGGCAAGGAGAACAAUAAUGUCAUAAAUGUUGGUUUCUUGAGUGAAUACGACGCACUGCCAGGCAUUGGACAUGCAUGUGGCCAUAACCUCAUUGCGGAAAUAGGAGCUGCUGCAGCAAUUGGAUUAAAAGCUUUGGUAGAACACACACCCGAUUUCCCCGUCCCUGUACAGGUGACAGUGUUGGGAACCCCAGCAGAAGAGGAUGGAGGGGGUAAAAUCGACCUGAUAAGGGAGAGAGCGUUUGAUGGCAUGGACGUGGUAUUCAUGGCUCAUCCCUCACAGGAGGAUGCUUCCUGGCUGCCAGAUGUGGCUGAACACGAUGUCAUAGUGAGAUACCAUGGCAAGGCAUCUCAUGCUGCAGCCUAUCCCUGGGAAGGGGUCAACGCGCUGGACGCUGCUGUCCUUGCCUACAAUAACCUUUCAGUGCUCAGACAGCAACUCAAGCCAGACUGGAGAAUCCACGGUAUCAUCAAGCAUGGAGGGGUGAAACCCAACAUCAUCCCUGCCUACACAGAGCUGGAGUACUAUCUCCGAACUCCCUUACGUAAAGACUUGCCCACCAUCAAGGCUAAGGCUGAGAUGUGUUUUAGAGCCGCUGCCAUGGCAACUGGCUGUGAAGUUGAACUGGAGUUCGCAAGGAAUGCCUUUCACAAUGUCCUGCGGAAUCCCACCCUGCAUGGGUUGUAUGAGGUAAACGGCAAGGCUUUGGGGAUGGAAUUCACUACAGAUGAAGAUGUCCUCAAAAACACCUCUGGCUCCACAGACUUUGGCAAUGUGUCUUUUAUUGUUCCCGGAAUCCACCCUUACUUUUACAUUGGCUCAGAUGCUCUAAACCACACAAAGGAAUACACCGUAGCUGCUGGUGAUGAUAAAGCUCAGUUCUACACCCUGCGGGCGGCCAAGGCCCUAGCCAUGACAGCACUGGAUGUGCUGCUGUGCCCAGAGCUGCUGCAGAGAGCCAGAGAGGAGUUAAAGGAGGCUAACCUAAAGGAAGAGCGGGCCCUGAGAGGGGCCUCAGAGGCCAAACAUUGUGGAGGGGCAGCCCAGCACUGAACCACAUACUGUAUACUAACAGUAGGCUCUGGCAGAUAGCCUACCAUGUCAUCUCCUGCCCACCUGAUUCAACCAAUCAACUUCAUGAUCUCAUUGAAAUGAAUUACAUAACUUAGUGUGGGGCUAGAACAAAACCCUGUGAUCUGUAGCUCUCUAUUGACCAACGUUUGUGUUCACUGAUCUUUCUGGUCAAAGGUAACCAUAAUGGAGUGAAAUACUACUGAUCCGCUGGUCAGUUUUGAUAUUCCAACAGCUGAUGAUGGGCUAUUGAUAGGAGGAAAAUCUUAAUCAACUUGAUUUUCAGCCAUUCAUGGGGCCCUAAAAACACUAUUUGGUGCUUCUACCAAAGAUAUGAGUCUCUGUUAUGUGUGAGCACUUGAAUUGUUAUUAUCAUUACAUUAUAAAAACACACUCAUUACAUUUUGUAAAGCCUUUUUUUUGUAGGAUAUACCUUUCCAGGUUUUGGUUGAAAUUAGGCUUAACUCCAAACAGAUAUCAUAUCAAUGUGGCAUUGGAUAAGCCUAAAUGCAUUGGAAAAGCAGGUUUAAUUUCAAAUACUUGGCUCGCCUGAUCACUGGGCUCAAAGAACCAAUCACACAAUGUCUGUUGGAGACAGACAGGUCUCCUUAUAAGGCGCCACUCGCCCGCCCACUGGUCAUCCUCGCCUCUCUUCCUUGCGGAAGAGACUAUGCUCACUAUGCUCACUAAAGUCUUCCUACUAAACUGUUCUCAAGCGAACAGUAAGGUUAACACUGCAAAACUUGGGGCCUCAGCUCCUGUCGAUGGUGUUGAGUACUGAUCAAAGGGAAAGUUUUGCUUUGAGUAUACAGUUAGCUAUCGAGACUUAGUUAGCCCACACCGCAAGGCUCGCUGGAAAGUUAGUUAAAGUUAGUUAAACACACCAGCAUUACUACCUCUCUUGUCUAGCUAUCUCGAAAGCUAGCUAAAAACACUACAACGAGCUAGCUCUCGCCGGAAGACUUAGCUAAGCUGGGUAACAU